CCAAAGUACCAAAACUAGGCCCACUUCUCCUUUGUUUCCGUCUUAGUCUUUCACUUGAAAACCAAUCCUCCUCUUUUUGUGUUAAACCGAUCUGCAACUGCAACUGCAAGCAAAACCAUUUUUCAUUAUCGUUUCCCAUUCGGGUUGAUCCGGGAAGCGAGAGAAUAAUACAAGGCUUUUCGAGUGAAAGGUUAGAAGCUCAGAAUCAAAAAAGAAAACACGAAAACAGACGCUUAGUAUUUGCUGUAUGUCAGUAGAAUACUAUUGUGACGAAUACUGCGGUGGAUACGGUGAGGUUGCUAACCCUUUGCAAUGGCCUCAACUCAGGAAAAGGCGACGCCUUGUUGCAUUCCCAAAACCAACGACGACGUCAGCAAGAAGACCUCUUCUUCUUCUUCCUCCUCUACCGAGGUUUUGCAGAAUUGGAGUCUUGCAGUCGGCUCUGGGCCUGUCCCGUCUGAGGAUCCCAUCCCAAAGACAGCCUCCAUGGCAACCUUGAUCCGCCCUGUUGAGCCCAUCUCGGAUCCAUCCGCUGCUAAGAUCGCUACCACCAAAGGAAUUUCAAUCAUGCCAAGGGCUCAAACCAGCCAUCCUUUGGAUCCAUUGUCUGCUGCUGAAAUCUCAGUGGCAGUGGCAACUGUGAGGGCAGCUGGCUCAACCCCUGAGGUGAGAGAUAGCAUGCGCUUUAUUGAAGUGGUUUUGGUAGAACCAGAUAAGCAUGUUGUUGCAUUGGCAGAUGCAUAUUUCUUCCCUCCUUUCCAGCCUUCAUUACUUCCCAGGACAAGGGGUGGACCUCUCAUUCCUAGUAAACUUCCUCCACGACAAGCAAGACUUGUUGUGUACAACAAAAGGUCCAAUGAGACAAGUAUAUGGACUGUUGAGUUGUCAGAAGUUCAUGCUGCAACUCGAGGAGGCCACCACAGGGGCAAAGUCAUUUCAUCUAAAGUUGUUCCAAAUGUCCAACCUCCCAUGGAUGCUAUGGAAUAUGCUGAAUGUGAAGCUGUUGUUAAGGACUUCCCUCCAUUUCAAGAGGCAAUGAAGAAGAGGGGCAUUGAGGAUAUGGAACUUGUGAUGGUUGAUCCCUGGUGUGUGGGUUAUCAUAGCAAUGCUGAUGCUCCUAGCCGAAGACUUGCUAAACCACUUAUCUUCUGCAGAACUGAGAGUGACUGCCCCAUGGAAAAUGGUUAUGCUCGUCCAGUUGAGGGAAUCCAUGUCCUUGUUGACAUGCAAAAUAUGGUGGUAAUUGAAUUUGAAGACCGUAAACUUGUUCCCCUUCCACCAGCUGAUCCUUUAAGAAAUUAUACGGCUGGUGAAACACGGGGAGGUGUUGAUCGGAGUGAUGUGAAACCACUACAAAUCAGUCAGCCUGAAGGUCCCAGUUUUCGUGUUAAUGGGAAAUUUAUUGAAUGGCAGAAGUGGAAUUUCCGGAUUGGUUUCACUCCUAGGGAGGGUCUGGUAAUCUAUUCUGUUGCUUAUGUUGAUGGUAAUCGUGGUCGGAGACCUGUAGCCCAUAGAUUAAGUUUUGUUGAAAUGGUGGUUCCUUAUGGAGAUCCAAAUGAUCCGCAUUAUAGGAAGAAUGCAUUUGACGCAGGAGAAGAUGGGCUGGGUAAAAAUGCACAUUCUCUUAAAAAGGGUUGUGAUUGUUUGGGAUAUAUCAAGUACUUUGAUGCUCAUUUUACAAAUUUCACUGGAGGUGUUGAAACAAUUGAGAAUUGUGUUUGUUUGCAUGAAGAGGAUCAUGGGAUCUUAUGGAAGCAUCAAGAUUGGAGAACAGGUUUAGCGGAAGUUCGACGGUCAAGAAGGCUAACAGUGUCUUUUGUAUGUACUGUGGCUAACUAUGAGUAUGGGUUUUUCUGGCAUUUUUAUCAGGAUGGUAAAAUUGAAGCUGAGGUUAAACUCACUGGGAUUCUCAGCUUAGGAGCAUUGCAGCCUGGUGAAACACGAAAAUAUGGCACCACUAUUGCUCCUGGACUAUAUGCCCCUGUUCAUCAACACUUUUUUGUGGCUCGCAUGGACAUGGCAGUUGAUUGUAAACCUGGUGAAGCAUUUAAUCAAGUUGUUGAGGUGAAUCUUAAAGUUGAAGAACCAGGGAAGGAUAAUGUUCAUAAUAAUGCAUUUUAUGCUGAAGAGGAACUUCUCAGAUCUGAACUGCAAGCAAUGCGUGAUUGUAAUCCAUUGAGUGCACGUCACUGGAUUGUUAGAAACACAAGAAAUGUCAACAGGACUGGGCAGCUAACAGGUUUCAAACUAGUACCUGGUUCAAAUUGUCUGCCACUGGCUGGCUCUGAGGCAAAAUUUCUAAGACGUGCUGCUUUCUUGAAACAUAACCUUUGGGUCACACCCUAUGCACGUGAAGAAAUGUAUCCUGGAGGAGAGUUUCCCAAUCAAAAUCCACGUGUUGGGGAGGGGUUAGCUACAUGGGUUAAGAAGGAUCGGUCUUUGGAAGAAGCUGAUAUAGUUUUGUGGUAUGUCUUUGGAGUGACACACAUUCCUCGGUUGGAAGACUGGCCUGUCAUGCCAGUGGAACGCAUUGGUUUUAUGCUCAUGCCACAUGGUUUCUUUAACUGCUCGCCAGCGGUUGAUGUUCCUCCUAGCGCAACUGAUCUGGAGCUCAAGGACAAUGACAUUGCAACAAAGCCUAUCCAAAACGGGAUAAUAGCUAAGCUCUGAAUUGAUCAUUUGUAUGAUUAUCCUCAGCAAUAUGUCGAUGAGGGUCAAAUAAUUGAGCCAUUGAUCCUCAUAUUAUUAGGUGCUAAAAAAGCAUCUGAGUGCCGUACAGACUGCAUCAGCAUUCGUAUUUGUAUGUGCUUAAGGUUCACUAAAUAUUUGAACUGCCCUUGUAUCCUAGUAAAAGCUAUUGGAGGCCUUGCAACUGUCAGCAGCAAAUUCAGCGAGUCCACCUCCAGUCUGCCAUUGCAAAAAUAUAUUCAUAAAUAAUGUACUAUCUUUUACUGCUACAGAAACAUAAUGUCCUACUCUGUACCUUUGAAUAAUAGAAUUCUUGCCUGAUUAUGUUGUCUUCA